UGAGAGAGAACGGCAAACCACAAGCACAGAGAUAUGUAUGCAUGUGUGUAAUGCGUGUGAUUUGGAUUGAAUAAAUUUUGGGUUUCGGGCACUCUCUCCCACUCUCAUCCAUCCUCCUUCCAUUUCUUCAUAAUAUUUUGAUCCUCCAUCUUCUUCCAAACCACAAUAACUCCACUCUUUAAUUUAUCCGGUUUCGAUCUUUCAGAUCUUCCUCUCCUUUUUACUCUUCCAAAUUUCACUUCUUGAUCCUUUUUCUUUCUGGGUUUUGCGUUUCACUCCUUCUGGGCAGCUUCAGCGUCAUCUCCCAUAAGAUUCCAAACGAUCGGUUAUCGAAAAAGCAGUGCAUUCUUGAGAUUGGAGUUGGCAUGUGACUGCAGGAUCUGGGCAAGCACCGAUUUUGUUUGAGACUGAAUCAAAGAGGAUUUGGAUAUUGAGGUUGAUUCUUGCUGUUUAAGUUACCAAUCAUCACCUAAAGAAAAUAUUUGAGGUAGUUACUUUGUCUUAAUACAAUGUUGGGAGGCAACAAUAGUAACCCCAUGCUUCCUGUUUUCGUGGAUGAAAAUCGAUUCCCAUAUCCGACAAAUGCUUCAAGUCAACUUCAGCUGUUUGGAAAUGUACAAGCUGGAUGUAACGUUGAUCCUGUAAAUUAUUUUGGCACUGAGCAUAUCACUCCCAUGCUUCGGCCCAAUAAACGAAAUAGGGAAAUGGAAGAUAUCUCAAGACAGAAGAAGCUUCAGAUUUCUUUGAACUAUAAUGUCUGUCCAGAUGAAGCUGAUCGUUCAGCUAGCAUUCCAAACCCAAACGCUGUAUCAACGGGGUUAAGGCUAUCGUAUGAUGACGAUGAGCGCAACUCAUCAGUUACUUCUGCGAGUGGAAGUAUGACAGCAGCACCUUCAAUGAUCCUAUCCCUAGGUGACAAUAUCAGGACUGAGCUGGAUCGACAGAAGGAAGAGUUUGAUCAAUACAUCAAAAUUCAGGAGGAACACUUGGCAAAGGGGGUAAGGGACAUGAAGCAGAGACAUAUGGCUUCUUUCCUUGCCGCCAUAGACAAAGGCGUCAGCAAAAAGAUGCGUGAGAAAGACUUGGAAAUUGAGAACAUGAACAGUAAGAAUCAAGAAUUGGUUGAUAGAAUAAAACAGGUGGCUGUAGAAGCGCAAAAUUGGCACUACAGAGCAAAGUACAAUGAGUCGGUUGUUAACGCCCUGAAGAGCAACCUCCAGCAAGCAAUUUCGCAGGGUGCCGACCAAGGGAAGGAAGGAUUUGGAGACAGCGAAGUUGACGAUGCUGCCUCCUACAUCGAUCCAAAUAACUACCUGACUAUCCCAGUUGGACCAGCGAAAUCUGUGCCGAAGAAUUACCUGGGGUUGAAGGAGCAAACUGGUUCGAGAGCGUGUAGAGCAUGCAAAGCGAAGGAGGUGUCGAUGUUGUUGAUGCCUUGUAGGCACCUGUGUUUAUGUAAGGACUGUGAUGGGUUUGUCAAUGUUUGCCCUGUAUGUGAGUCAAUGAAAACUGCUAGCUUCCAAGUGUACUUGUCCUAAAUUAUGCAGCAACUUAAAAGAAGGGAAGAAAUUAAGAAAAAAAUUAUGUGAUGCACUGUUGAUAAUGUGUGAUUUUGUUCUCUGAAAUCAAAAUUUGUAUGUAGAGGUUCUAGUUGUCUUUGUAAAAUGAGUUGUAGCCUUUUGUUUUACGUUUUUUUUAGAGUAAAUAAAAGCGCUUUUGCUA